AUGUUACCAUAACAACAACAAAAGCAACAACAACUAGAAUUAUAAUAAUAACUGAACGAAAGUUCUAUUCAAUAUCGAUAGCAAAGAGCAGAAAGAUAGAGAGAGAGAGAUAGUGCUCGCUCGCUCGCUAUAAAAGCACAGUUAUUUUGGCAUCAGGUGUUGCAAGUGUGAACAGCAUACAUAUAUGUAUAAAUACAUAAUUUUUGGAGCAAAAGUAAACAAACCGAACGAAACGAAAUAUAACGAAAGAACGCGACGUGCGUUGGUCGUCUGUCUGUGUGCGUGCGUAUGCGUUUAGUAUAUGUGUGUGCGUGUGUGUGUGUGUGUGACUCUCAACUCUGACGGGCGACAACACAGCUACAAACUGAUAUACUAAACUCUGCAAUAACAACAACAACAACAGCGCUUAACGAGUGAUUCAACGGAGACAAAAACAACUACAACUACACAAAAACAUGUCGGAUUCGUAUUAUCAGGGCGAAUAUAUAAAACAUCCAGUUCUAUACGAGCUCAGUCAUAAAUAUGGCUUCACAGAGAACCUGCCCGAGAGCUGUAUGUCCAUACGCCUCGAGGAGAUCAAGGAGGCCAUACGGCGCGAGAUACGCAAAGAGCUGAAGAUUAAAGAGGGCGCCGAAAAGCUGCGCGAGGUCGCCAAGGAUCGACGUUCGCUCAGCGAUGUCGCCGUGCUGGUCAAGAAGAGCAAAAGCAAACUGGCCGAGCUCAAGUCGGAGCUGCAGGAACUCGAAAGUCAAAUACUGCUAACAUCCGCCAAUACGGCGGUCAAUAGCAAUGGUCAAGAAUCGAUUGCCUUCAGCCUUGAUGGCAGCGGCGCUGCCCAGCUCGCCGGAGCUGUUGGCGGCUUGGGCGGGAACAAUGCGAUGGCCGGCGGCGGUGGACCGGCGACAGCCAAUGACAAGGUGCUGGCCUCGCUGGAGAAGCAGCUGCAGAUCGAGAUGAAGGUGAAGACGGGCGCCGAGAAUAUGAUACAAUCGCUGGGCAUUGGCUGCGACAAGAAGCUGCUCGCCGAGGCGCACCAAAUGCUGGCGGACUCCAAAGCCAAGAUUGAGUUUUUGCGCUUGCGCAUCAUCAAAGUCAAACAAAAUCGCGAGCAGGCGGAUCGCCUAAAGGCCGCGCUCCAGCUAACAGAUGAGCAUGGUGUCCUGAUAGCGGGCGGCGGCAGCGGCAUCGGCGGCGGCAGCAUGCAGCCGCAGAGCCUGGAGACAACGCUGGAGGAGCGCAUCGAGGAGCUGCGUCAUCGGCUGCGCAUCGAGGCAGCUGUCGUUGAUGGAGCCAAGAAUGUCAUACGCACGCUGCAGACGGCGAAUCGUGCGCCAGACAAGAAGGCGCUGCAGGAGGCGCACGGCCGUUUGUCGGAAUCAUCGCGUAAACUUGAUCUCUUACGCUACUCCUUGGAGCUGCGACGCCAGGAGCUGCCCACGGACUCGCCCACCGCCCAGCUGCUCAAGAAGGAGCUGCAAAUUGUGCAGCAGUCGACAUCGCCGGCGCCUGUGCACUACACAUCGCUGCAGUCUGGGCCGGGCGGCCUGCUCGGUGGCAAGUCGUAUCAAUCAGUAUCAUCGCUGGGCCGCUGCGCCAGUGUGACGGGCAAGCUGGAGGUGCGUCUAAUGGGCUGUCAGGAUCUGUUGGAGGAUGUGCCUGGGCGCUCGCGUCGCGACAAAGACAAUAGCUCCAGUCCGGGUGAUCUGCGCAGCUUUGUCAAGGGCGUCACCUCGCGCAGCAGCUCGAAGAGCUAUUCGGUGAAGGAUGAGACAUCGAUUGAAAUUAUGGCUGCCAUUAAGCUGGACAACAUUACCGUGGGACAGACCUCCUGGAAGCCCUGCUCACAGCAGGCCUGGGAUCAGCGCUUCUCCAUCGAUCUAGACCGCUCCCGGGAGCUGGAGAUUGGCGUCUAUUGGCGCGACUGGCGCUCCCUGUGCGCUGUGAAGGUGCUGCGCCUGGAGGAGUUCAUUGACGAUGUGCGUCACGGCAUGGCGCUGCAGCUGGAGCCGCAGGGCUUGCUCUUUGCCGAGAUCAAAUUUCUUAAUCCGAUGAUCUCGCAAAAGCCCAAGCUGCGACGCCAGCGCAUGAUCUUCAAUCGCCAGCAGGCCAAGAAUAUACCGCGCGCCAAGCAAAUGAACAUCAAUGUGGCCACCUGGGGCCGUUUGCUCAAGCGCAAUGCACCCAAUCAUGUACACAUGGGCACUGGCAAUGCAGCUGCUAUCACUGGUCGCGCCUCCUCGCCGUUGCCCAGCAGUGCCGCCUCGCGAGGCUCUGAGUCGCCCAUAUCGCGCACGCCCUCCUCAGAUGCGCUGGCCGUCGAGCCUGAACCGUAUUCGCCGGGCGAACAGGCCCAGAACAUGGAAUUCGAUCCGGAUGCCGGUCUGCACGAGCACGUCGAGACGCCUGGCGAGUAUCCGGAUCCCGCAGCUAGCGGCUUGAGCGGCCUGCGUCCGCUCUCCAUGCACAUGCAGGGCAUUAGUGUGCUGCCGCCAGAGACGCCGCCGCCGCCACAGCCAGCGUCGAGCAGCGUCAUUGCACCCAAUGCAGCUAGACCCAAUUCGCUAAGCCUGCAAAUGCCCGGCAAGACGCCGCCCGGACGUACUGCCGCGCCCACCACAGCGCCGCCGCCGCCGCCCGUGCUGAAGUCUGUCACCCCAGUGCUGGACCAGGAGUUGCAGGACGCGUUGCAUGAAUUUGACUUCCUUUCCGAAAUGGAAUCACAUCCAAACACGCUGCGCCGCCUGCUGCACACCCAACAAUCGCCCGGCUGGCCCAUGGAGCAGCUGCAGCUCGAACAGGAGCUGCUCGAGAAGCUGCAACAGCAGCGGGAGCAACAGCAAAUGGAUCAGCUGCCGCCGGGCAGACAGCAGCCGCGCCUGACCAAUUCCUUGGAUCGCACGGCAACGCUGCAGAUCGUGCAGAUACAGACCGUAAUGCCCAUGCAAGAGUCGCCGCCAGCGCCCCCUGAACCCGUACCCGAACCUGAACCUGAACCUGAACUAACCACCAAUGUUCUGCCGCCCGCCAGUCGCCAUACUUACCAUGACCAGCAGCAGCACAGGCUAAGCGCAAGCGAGCUUUCCUUACCAAUACGCAACCCGUUUCAGUUCCAGCUGCCUGAGAAGUCGCCUCCAGCUGUUUCGGCUGUGCCCAAACAGUCGCCAACUCCGUCAAGGGGUUCCACCUCGGCGGUGGAGCAGCAAAUGCAUCGUCCAGUGCUGACGCUGCCGCCGGUGGUGCUCGUUGGGGGCCGGCGUGCGGAUGAUGAGGAGACCAUGCCCUCCUCGCCACUGGUUGAGUAUCCCGAGGAUGACGAUGAGUAUUUGUACAGCGGUGGACUGCAGUCCAGCCGCAGUUCCAGUGCCGGCGAUCGUUUCUGUGUGGAGGUCAUACCGCAGCUGGGCAAGCUCUAUGUGGGCACACAGCAGCAGCAGUUGGCCUAUGUGCAGUCCUCGCCCAUUAUACAGGAGCCGCCCACGCCCACAAUUUAUGGCAACAGCGCUGCGGCCGUCGCUCCACCACAAUUCCCGCAGCCCGCUCAGCGCCAGGACAAGCAACAACAACAGCAGCAGCAGCAGCAACAACAACAACAACCCAUCUAUGCCAAUCAAUAUGAGCUGAAUGUAGCCAAGGCCACGGCAGCGGGCGCCUCCACCAGCGGCCGGCGGAAUGUGGCACGUGGCCUGCAGUAUCGCGAGACAGCCGGCUAUGAGGCGCUGCGUGCUGGUCAAGCGCCACCAAAUGCUGGCAUGUUGUCCAUGGACAAUUUCCGGCUGUUGAGCGUGCUGGGCCGUGGGCACUUUGGCAAGGUGAUAUUGUCGCAGCUGCGCAGCAACAAUCAGUACUAUGCCAUCAAGGCGCUCAAGAAGGGCGACAUAAUCGCCCGCGACGAGGUGGAGUCGCUGCUCAGCGAGAAGCGCAUCUUUGAGGUGGCCAAUGCCAUGCGGCAUCCGUUCUUAGUCAAUUUGUAUUCGUGUUUCCAGACCGAGCAACACGUCUGCUUUGUUAUGGAAUACGCCGCCGGCGGUGAUCUGAUGAUGCACAUCCACACAGAUGUAUUUUUGGAGCCGCGAGCUGUGUUCUAUGCGGCGUGCGUGGUGCUGGGUCUGCAGUAUCUGCACGAGAACAAGAUCAUCUAUCGGGAUCUGAAGCUGGAUAACUUGCUGCUCGACACGGAUGGCUAUGUAAAGAUUGCCGAUUUCGGUUUGUGCAAGGAGGGCAUGGGCUUUGGUGAUCGCACCGGCACAUUCUGCGGCACGCCCGAGUUUCUGGCGCCCGAGGUGCUAACCGAGACGUCAUAUACACGCGCUGUCGACUGGUGGGGACUCGGUGUGCUCAUCUUUGAGAUGCUGGUGGGCGAGUCACCUUUCCCCGGCGACGAUGAAGAGGAAGUCUUUGAUUCAAUUGUUAACGAUGAGGUGCGCUAUCCGCGUUUCCUCUCACUGGAGGCCAUAGCCGUCAUGCGCCGGCUGCUGCGCAAGAAUCCGGAGCGUCGGUUGGGCUCAUCGGAACGCGAUGCGGAGGAUGUCAAGAAGCAGGCGUUCUUCCGCUCCAUCGUUUGGGACGAUUUACUGCUGCGUAAAGUCAAGCCUCCAUUUGUGCCUACCAUUAACCAUUUGGAGGAUGUGUCGAACUUUGAUGAGGAGUUUACGUCGGAGAAGGCGCAGCUAACGCCGCCAAAGGAGCCGCGACACUUAACCGACGAGGAGCAGUUGCUUUUCCAGGACUUUUCAUACACAGCCGAGUGGUGUUAAUGCUUCUUCACCGCCUCUCUUAGUCUUAAUGCAACGGCCCUGGGCCUAGCUCAGUUAAAUAAGUUGAAUAAUGCUUUUAAACAUGUGCAGCGAGUUGUUUAGCCACAUGAGAAUUCGAGGAUGAAACCCGAUAUAUAGAUAUAUAUCUGUAGUGAAUAUAUUGUAUAAACCUUGUGCAUGUUGCUCAGAAGCAUUGACCAAAUUGCCUAGAAUAUUCUACAUAAAUGUAAACCUGCAUCAUCAAUCAUAUACAUACAUAUAUCGAUCAUAUAUACAUUAUAUCAAGUCAACGACAGCUGCUAAAUUAAUAUAUCUACUAUAUAUACAUACACCCAAAACAUUGUCACGGAGGGGUUAACAAAUUGUGAAUUGUAUUUUGUUUCGGUUGAUAAUUUCCUAAUCAAAUAUAUUGAACAGUCUGACGAACCUUUCGAAAGCCUUAAAUGCAAUGUUGUAGAAUUUUUGGACAGAUUUUUGUUAACAUAAAGAAAAGAAAGCCAGGUUCUAUAUUUUGUAUAGAUGUUAAUUGAGAAAGAAGAGAACGAUAUGUAUACACAGCUAUUUUACAAGCGCCAGUAGAUGAGUUUUAGGGCAGAAAACAAACAAACACACAUAAGCACACACACCCACAAACAUGCAUACCUAUUUUCAUAU